AAUUAAGCACACAAUAUUUACCUCAACUAGCUAGUUUAUUAAUUACUCGUCGUGGAUUUCUUGGCUGUCAUAGCGCAGCUAGCGUGCUAUGAAUAUACGACGGUCGUUCUUUGCUGUUGCUAGAUAUAUACAUAUGCUGCUAGCUAGGUGCGUCAUCCCCUUGCUAUGCUCUGAGUCGUCAAAUAUAUUUAUGUAUGUAUAAAGGCUUGCUGCUGGCUUAAGCUCCUUGGAUAUAUAUAUAUACAUACAUCAUCGGCUUCUUGUGCUUUCUUUACGCCGGCGCCGCGGUGUGUCUUUCCGAUUGGCAUCGAUCAGAGAGACGACAGGAGAGCUAGCUAGGGUCGAUCGAUAGACGAUGGGGGUGCAUGCGCAUGGGGCUGUUGCCAAAGCCAAACCCUGCAGCAGCAGCAGCAGCAGCAGGCGGCUUUUCCUGUUGGUUGUUGUACUCGUCGUCCUCAUAGGUAGCUACUGCGCCGCCGCCGCUGCAGAUGAGGAGAUGAACAGCAGCAGUAAUAGGGGCAGCCGGAGCCGGAGGAGGAGGAGGAGCAGGAGCAGGAGACGGGCCGCUGCCACGGCGGCCGACGCGGUGACGCCGGCGCCGCUCAUGGUGCCCAUCACCAUCCUCAAGUCCGCCGUCGACUCGGGAGCCGUGUGCAUGGACGGAACACCGCCUGCUUACCACCUACACCCUGGCUCCGGGGCUGGCAACAAUAGCUGGAUCGUCAACCUGGAGGGAGGCGGUUGGUGCAACAACGUUCGGGCGUGCCAGUUCCGCAAGGCCAGCCGCCGCGGCUCGUCGGACCUCAUGGAGAAGGAGAUCCCCUUCGGCGGCAUCAUGAGCAGCAGCCCUGUCGAUAACCCUGAUUUCUACAAGUGGAACCGGGUGAAGAUCCGCUACUGCGACGGCGCGUCCUUCGCCGGAGAAGGCUUCGACAAGGAGAACGGGUUUUACUUCCGCGGGCAGCGCAUCUGGGACGCCACCGUCCGGCACCUCCUCUCCAUCGGGAUGGCCUCCGCAGAGCAGGUGCUGCUCACCGGCUGCUCCGCCGGCGGCCUGGCCGUCAUACUGCACUGCGACCAGUUCCAGGCCUUCUUCCCUCGCUCCACCACCGUCGUCAAGUGCCUCGCCGACGCCGGCCUCUUCCUCGACGCCUCCGAUGUCUCCGGCGGCCGCAGCCUUCGUUCCUACUACUCCGACAUCGUGGCCAUGCAGGGCGUGGCUCCCAACCUGCCGCCGGCCUGCACUGCCCGUCUCGACACCACCUCGGUGCGUCGCCUCCUCCCCUGUUCCUUUCUAGCUACUUCCAGUACCAAAAUGCAUGCAUGCAUGCUCCUUGUACAGUUAGUGUUGACACAGUGCAUGGCAAUGGCAAUCGGAUGCAAUGCAAUGCAGUGCUUCUUCCCGCAGAAUGUAAUCGAUGGCAUCAACACCCCCAUCUUCCUGCUCAACGCAGCAUACGACGUAUGGCAGAUACAGGAGAGCCUGGCACCCACCGGAGCUGACCCCAGCGGAGCCUGGCGGGCCUGCAAGUCCAACCACUCUGCCUGCGACGCAUCCCAGAUGAAAUUCCUGCAAGAUUUCAGAGACCAGAUGGUAGCAUCGGUGAACAACGGCUUCGCUGGCUCCAGGAGCAACGGGCUCUUCAUCAACUCCUGCUUCGCGCACUGCCAGUCCGAGCUGCCGAUGACAUGGAGCGACAACGCGGCAGGUGGUGGUGCCUCCCCGGCCAUUCAAAGCAGGGGGAUUGCCAAGUCAGUGGGCGACUGGUACUUUGGUCGAGCUCAAGUUAAGGCCAUCGACUGCCCCUACCCAUGCGACCGAACAUGCCGCAACAUCAUAUGACAACAACAUCGUCUCCUGCUGCACCACACAUCCUCGACAGUUGUACAUCACAUCACAUCACAUCACAUCAUUUUUUUUUGAGACCACAUCACAUCAAUUUGUGAACACAGUGAAAGCAAAUGGGUGCGACCAUUAAGAUUAAAUGAACGAUAAUAAGCCGAGCCUAUAUAUGUAGGGCUUAAGUGAUAGUUAAACUUGCAUUGUUAAGUGAUUCAUUCAUACAGAAAGCAGAUGAGAGUGAGUGUGUACUGUUUAUUUCGCAUGAUGUUGGCCUCCAAGUUUAACACGAUCUGAUUAUUCAUGGCAAA